CGCCCACUAAAAGAUGGACAAAGUGGCUUCUCUGUUGCUUAUAGUCCUUGCAUGCUGUGUGCUUUACUCGAAUGCACAAGUUCCUUUGGAGCUGACAAAUUAUCUUUCUGCUAGCAGCAAUGCAACUUCUAACAGCUCCAGCUCAAAUUCUAGCAGCCCCGCCCAAGGGUAUCCGGAUGCGGUUCUCGAUGGCUUGCUUUCAACAUGGUGGGUAACCCAAGAAGAUAUUCAACCUGUAUCACUGUCCUUGUCGUCAACUAUAGAUUUUACUGGCUUCACAUUAUCAAUUGACAUUGUUUUCAUAAGUUCUCUUCCACUAUCUAUUGGAGUUGUCAAUUCAAACUCUGGGGCCCUUCUGGGACUUUUUGUUACCAAUUGCUCAGGACAAUGCCAAGGGUUAAUGAUUGAUGGGACACAUGUACAAGUAGCAGUUAAUGGUAGCAGUGGCUCAGAUAUCAAUCUAGUUUUUAAUGGAUUUCAAGAUAACGCAACUCAAUUUGAAGUAGCUGAGGUUACAGUCACAGGAUUUAUUAUGCCAGGAUAUUAUCUGCCUGAUUUAGACAGUGUUGGAGCUAAUGAAGAGAAUGGCUUACUGAUGGAGCCAUCUGGUGAACUCAGUCUUGGCUAUAAUGAGCAGCAAUUUCCUGAUUUUUUUGAACGAGGUUAUGCUAUCUCUAAUUUUAUGAUUAAUGAAAGUCAGUUGCUGCAAUUGACAAUGAUCGUAAAUGAUACCACGUCUUUUGAUAAUCUCUUCAUGAGGUAUCUAUGUCCAACAAAUGGGAGAAAGCAUUCUACAUGGAUACCAACUAUGAUCAGUCAAGGGUCUCUACAUUGUGCCGUCCAAUUCUUUAUUGACAGUAGCUGUACAGAAACUCCUUGUUAUGCUCAAGCUGAUCCUUUUGAUUGUGUUGGCUUGAGAUUGGAGUCUGGCUCAGUAAAUAUCAUGGCGCAACUGGAAGGAUCUCAUUUUUUCUUGGACUACAUUGCUGCUGUACCGGAUGCAUUUAAUGACACUCUUAACGAUUGUGGCUUUAAUAACAACACUGAAUAUUGCAUUCGCUCUACCUUACAACAAAGUCUUAGCUUACAUGGAUCACUACAAGAAUGCCAGUGUAGUAUUCCUGAAUACUCAUGUGAAGCGUUAGGUGGGCAGUGUAGUUGUGGAUCGCAAGUAGGACGUCAAUGUGACAAAUGCAUUUAUACAUACUACUUGAAUAAUACUGAAUGCAUUGCUUGUGGUUGCGUUAAUAAUACCAUAUGUGCGGAGGAUGGUCAAUGCCAAUGUGAAAGCAAUGUGGUAGGACUGCAAUGUGAUAUGUGUAUGGAUGAUAAUCACUAUGGAGAUCCUUCAGAGGGCUGUUAUCCAUGCAUUUGCAAUGAUACUGGUACUAUUAGUUGUAAUUCUUCUACUGGGGACUGCUAUUGCAAACCUAAUGUCACUGGCGGGACAUGUUCUGAAUGUAUGACUGGUCAUACGAACUUCUCAAGUGAUGGCUGUCAACUCUGCUCUUGCUUUACUGAAGGAGGCUAUUGCAGUUCUGAUGGAAGUUGUAUUUGUUACGAUGGUUAUACUGGUAGUAGCUGUGACCAGUGUGAUGACGGUAACUUUUUAUUGUCAAAUGGAUCGUGCAUGCCCUGCAAUUGUUCUGGAGUCACAAAUUCUUGUAUGUUAGCUCACGGAAGCAGUUCACAAGAAUUAUGCAACUGCACUGAAGGAUAUACAGGAUCCUCUUGUGAGAAUUGUAGUUCUGGCUAUUAUCGUCACAAUGACAGCUCUUGUGUCUUGUGUACUUGUAACAAUGACUCAUUAAUUUGUGAAGAUUUUACUGGAGAUUGUUUGCUUUUUCCUGUUCCUCCACCUCCAGUGGUGUAUCCUCCUCCAUUAAACUGUACUCUUAAUACAACUGGAGAGCUGUGUCAAUAUUGUGCUGAUGAAUAUUACAACUCUUCCAUUACCUCUGAUCUUGAAUGCACUGAGUGUCCUUGUCAUCCUAACACAGCUAUUAAUCAGUCGUGUAUUGCAGAAAACUCUCAGCCAGUUUGCUUUUGCUUAGAUGGCCAUGAAGGAUCACUGUGUGACAUUUGUUCUCCUUCUUAUUAUGGAAUUCCACCAGAUUAUCCCUGUAGUGACUGUCAGUGUUCUGGUAAUAUUGAUACUAAUGACCCUGAUGCUUGCAAUCAUACUACUGGAGAAUGUAUGAAUUGUAUUAAUAAUUCAACUGGCCCCCAAUGUGAAAUAUGUCAAGAUGAAUUUUUUGGUGAUGCACUGACUCAGUCAUGCGAGCCUUGUGAAUGCGUUGCAUCUACCAGUCGUAUUUGUAACAAAACUAGUGGAGUCUGUGAUUGCAGAAAUGGAGUCAGUGGUACUAAAUGUACUGAGUGUAAGGAUAAUUACUGGAAUUUCUCUGUUGAUGGAUGCACUCCUUGUAUGUGCAAUGUUGACGGCUCUACUUCUGAAAGCUGUAAUGUGACCACUGGAGAGUGUUCUUGUAAUGAAGGAGUUCAAGGAUUAAACUGUGAUGAGUGUAAACUGGAAUAUUAUAAUUUUACUGAAAAUGGUUGUCAAAAAUGUGAUUGUGGAGAUGGUGCUGUUAAUAACAGUUGUCAUCUAACGACUGGCCAGUGUCACUGUGGUGACAAUGUGAUAGGACUGAAGUGUGACAGAUGCUCUAACUAUUAUCAUGAACUAAGUAGUGAUGGUUGCAUACAAUGUGAUAGUUGUAGUCUAUCACUAAAAAGAAAAUCUGAUUCUUUUAAAGAGGAUCUUAAAAGAAUUGACACUUUCAUAAUUGAUGCCAAUCAUCUUCAAAAUGCUGAUACAUUGAACUUGCUAUCUUUAUCCAGUGAUAUUUCUAGACUUGAAUCUACCUAUAACCAGUCAAUGGAGAAUUUAACUCAAGGAACGAAUGACUUAAAUGUUCUUACUAAUAGGACAAAUAAUAUACAAAGCAUGUUGGCUCAGUUUAAUGUAGAGAUAAAUAUGUUGAUUGUUGACUUACGAAACAUAAGGAAUUAUUCUGAGAGUGUACUAGUUAGUGCCAUAAACCUUCACAAUAGUUUGGUUAAUAUUGGAGAAGGAGAAUUGAACUAUACUAUGGACUUUGUUGUUAACAUAACACAAAAACUCUAUCAAUUAGAAAAUAGUUCUUCUGCAACAUUAGAUGCCCUUCAAUCUCUGACUUAUAACCUUACAGAAGAAAUAUUGAUAAAUACAACAAAGAAGCAAGCAGCGCUUCAAAACAUUGCUAACAUUGAAAAUGAAGUGAACAGUACGUAUGCAUCGAGUGUAUCAGAAUCGUCAAUGAUCAAUUCCGGAAUUAACUCUUUCAAUGAUUAUUAUGCAAGGUUUAUGAAAUUAGAAAUGAGGAUUCAGCAACUACUUCAGUCUGUUGAUAAUGCAACUGCAAAUUAUACUUCUGAGUAUCUUGAACUUUUAACUGCUGCUAAUAAUGUAUCAGGAUUGGUAAAUGAUUCUAUGAUUCUUAUUGAUGAUUCUGAGGCUGACUUAUUGGCAGUGCGUGACAAGCUCACCAACACUUCUACAAUACUCCAGCAACUACAAAUCACUUUGACUGAUUUCCCUACUGGUAAUGACAGUGGUAUAAAUGUCUCUCUUAGUAGUCAGGACUAUAUUGUUGAUCUUAUUGAUGAACUUGACUUAAGGAUUAGUCAGCUGAGUGAAGUGUUUAAUAGGAGCUCUGAUAGAUAUGAGAGUGCUUUGCUAAAUGCCAGUAACAUUAUCAGUCAGAGUGAUGAAUUUUGCAGGACUAUUAAUGCCAGUCUUUAUGGUGGGAAUGAUGCUGUUGCUGCUAUAAUGGACUAUACAUUUGUUAAUGAAACUCUGUCAUUGGCAUAUCAAAUUGUGGUAGGAUUGAAUUUGAGUGACAUUCUAAAUACAUUGGAGAUGAUAAUGAGUACUGAAUUGGAUUUUAGUGUCAAUGAAUUGUCUAAUAGCACAAAAAAUCUUUCACAAAAUAUAAUUUCUAUUGAACAAAGCAUUUCAGAAACGAUUUCAGUAUAUAAUCAGUUGACAAGAGAGCUAAAUGAUACUCGUGGCAAUGUCAGCACUGGCUUAUUGCAGUCACUUAAUGAUCUCUCUCUAAGAUAUCAAUAUGUUCAGUCUGUUACAAAUGUGACUGUUAACAAUAUCAAGUUAUUGUUAUCUUAUGCUCUUAACAGUACUCAGUUAAUUAAUUCUACCUACUAUAAUAAAGUACUAACCUUACACUCGAGUGUAAUCGACGAUGUCACUGAAACAAAUGAGGACCUCAUUGAUUUGUCUGAAAAUACUAUUGAAAUUGAUGAUGAGCUUUUGCUUGCCAAUGCCACAGCACAACAUGCACAAGACAGUUUUCGUGAAAGAGUAUCUUAUUUAAAUAUGAUUAAUGACAGUAGGACCUUGUUAGCAUCUGAAAUAAGUAGUGCAAGCACCUCUAUGUUUGAUCUGCAUCAACAACUGAUAGAAGCACAAAAAGCAGCAGCGUUGGUUGAUAUAGCAUUGAGAUUCCAUGGCAAUGGCACAGCUACUUACAACUUGUCCUCAUCGCCUAUGCCAGGAGAGACCCAUCUCUCUCUAAACUUUAGACCCGAGUCUUUGUCAGGAAUUCUUUUAACUGACGAUGAAAGUAUCAAUAACUUAGAGCUGGAGGACGGAGAGGUUAAAUGGAGCUAUGGUGAUUAUGAGAUACAAACAUACAACUUAAGCUUGUCUUUGGCUGAGUGGUAUCAAGUUGAAGCAUCAUUUAAUGAGUCAUCUCUGUUUCUCUCUGUGGCUCCAAUACAAGGAAAUAGUCUUAAUACUGUUACACUGAUGGCACCAGCUAAUUCCACUAUGCCUUUGAUGCAAUCAUCAGUAUUGUUAGCUGGUGAUGUUGAUGGUGACUUCUCGUAUACUGGUUGCAUUGAUAGUGUUGUCAUCAAUGGGGAAAUGUUGUCCUUGCUUACACCUAAUAGCUCAACAGUUGCAAUAAGAGGAUGUGGUCCCAGGCCAGCUGCUGAGAUGCCUAGAUUGUUUGAAUCAGGUGCUUGGUUUCAAGGAAAAAGUCAACUAUCUCUUGGUUUUAUUGACUUUGAUGGUGGUGAAUUAGACUUCUCAUUUGCUUUUAGAACUUUUUCAGCUUCGUCACAAGUUUUAACCAUACAAAAUAUGAAUAAUCGCACCAUAUUAUUGUAUGUCAAUGAAGGUCUCAUUCACUUGAGGCUUUCACUUGGUAUGGAUGUACGUACCUCCAAUUCUUCAGUAGUGGUUACUGAUGGGUAUUGGCAUUAUUUACAAGUGUCCAUAAGUGUAGCAUCAUUGAGGGCUUCCUUAAUUGUUGAUGAUGUUACUUCUAGCAUAUCACUUGGCAGCUUUGCUUCAAAUGUAACUUCCCCAAUUAAUGUUACACUUGGUGGAACAUCAUGGCUAAAUCUUCCUUCAUUUUCUGGUUGUGUUGCUAAUUUUUCACUGAACAAUAUGGGAGUUAAUUUUUCUGUCUCUGAAGUAGCUGAAAGAGUUGAAGUAUCAAAUUGUCCUAGCUCAGUUUCUCCUGGUACUCGUUUUAUGGGAACUGGCUCAGCUCUUUUCAGUAUGACUGGAUGGCUUGAAUCUGUUUCUUUUCAAUUCAAAACUCAGCAGAUCUCAUCAGUUUUACUUGAUGUAACAGGAUUACUUUCUGAUAGAUUGCUUGUUACUUUGUUUCACACUUACCUACGUGUUGAGAUUGUGAACACUUUUAAUGACAUUGUAUUGACUUCAGUGCAGAACAAUCUUAAUGAUGGCCAAUCGCACUAUGUCAAUAUUUCAUUAGUUGGAGAUAAUGUUAUACUGGUAGUUGAUGAGGAAUCUAGAACAGCAAGCACAGCUACUAACACUAAUUACUUAUCAUUAUUGGGCUCUGUUACAGUAGGAGGUCCUGCUGUUUCUGCUAGAUCAGUUAUCACUGAUUAUUACAGAGGAUGUCUUAGUAAUUUGAGAAUCAAUUCUGAGGAGUAUGAUUUCAACAAUGCUGAGCUAUCUGAAAGUGUAGUGCUAUUUGGUUGUCAUGGAUUAGCUGAGACAACUCCCCCUCCUCCUCCUACCAUAAAUCCAUCAGGGUCAGGGUCAGGUUUUGGAUCAGGAGACAGUAUAAGCAUUUCCCCAACACCAACACCUAGUGAAAGCUCAUUUACAAUCACUCCAACAAUUUCUACAGUAUCACCCUCACCAACUGAGAGUCCUACUGUAUUACCAUCAUCACCACCAGCUGAGAGCUCUACAGUAUUACCAUCAUUACCACCAGCUGAGACCCCUACAGUAUCACCCUCACCAACUGAGAGUCCUACUGUAUUACCAUCAUCACCACCAGCUGAGAGCUCUACAGUAUUACCAUCAUUACCACCAGCUGAGACCCCUACAGUAUCACCCUCACCAACUGAGAGUCCUACUGUAUUACCAUCAUCACCACCAGCUGAGAGCUCUACAGUAUUACCAUCAUUACCACCAGCUGAGACCCCUACAGUAUCACCCUCACCAACUGAGAGUCCUACUGUAUUACCAUCAUCACCACCAGCUGAGAGCUCUACAGUAUUACCAUCAUUACCACCAGCUGAGACCCCUACAGUAUCACCCUCACCAACUGAGAGUCCUACUGUAUUACCAUCAUCACCACCAGCUGAGAGCUCUACAGUAUUACCAUCAUUACCACCAGCUGAGACCCCUACAGUAUCACCCUCACCAACUGAGAGUCCUACUGUAUUACCAUCAUCACCACCAGCUGAGAGCUCUACUGUAUUACCAUCAUCACCACCAGCUGAGACCCCUACAGUAUCACCCUCACCAACUGAGAGUUCUACUGUAUUACCAUCAUCACCACCAGCUGAGAGCUCUACAGUAUCACCAUCACCAACUGAGAGUUUUGUAAGCUCAACUGUUUUACCUACAAUCGUACCCACACCAGUUAUUGAUCCUGUGGGUUUGAAUGGGCAACGUGGUAGCUUCCUCUCAUAUAGUCUACCAUCAGACAUUACCUUCAGCUCUGAAAUUACAUUGACCUUUAGAACCACGUCUAGUAAUGCUUUGCUAAUUUAUACUCAAAGUGCAAUUUAUAAUGAUUAUAUGGCACUGGAGCUUCGUAAUGGAGCCAUCUACUAUUCUUAUAAUCUGGGAGCAGGAUCCAUAUUUAUUAAUCCGUAUUCUGCUCUUAAUAGAUAUGAUGACAAUAUGAAUCACACUGUAACUAUUACACGUAAUGGAACAAGAGGUGUAUUAAUUGUUGACGGUACAGAAUAUACUGGUGUAUCUUAUGACACCCAUGAUCAACUUAAUACAAAUGCUGAGCCUAUUUAUAUUGGUGGGGUUUCGGGAAUUAUGCUGUCCUCUCUUCAUCUGUAUAGUCAUCAGUCAUUGGUUCCAUCUGGUGCAGAGGCAUGUUUUUAUUACUUUUCUGUUAAUGGUGAAAUUAUUAAUUUAAGAGCUCCAUCUGCAGCUAGUGGUUUAGUGGACACUUGUCAAGAUGAAUACAAUGAUUAUUUAUCAUUUCUUGGUAGUGGUUAUGCUACACUGGUUAAUGUUUACAGACCACUGGUGGCAUAUGAGUUUAGACUUCAGUUUAGAACAGCUCAUUGCUCUGGCCUACUUCUUUACAGUUCAAGUUUGCUUCUUGAGGAUCACACAGCUUUGGAAAUCAGUGAAGGAAAGGUUCGAUUUAUAUUUGAUAAUGGUCAUGGACCUGGUGUUGUUGAGUACAUUCCAGCAAACUUAUCAUCACUCUGUGAUGGAAACUGGCACAGAGUUAUAGCCUCUAAAAGUGGAGUGAUUGGUAGUUUGACUGUAGAUGGACAAGCAUCAGUUAGCACUACUUUACCAAGUACUGGAUUUAUAUCUGUUAACACUGAUAGUCCUUUAUAUGCUGGAGGAGUACCUAAUAAUGUCCUAGUUCGCUAUACAGUUACAGCAGGGUCUUUCCAAGGUUGUCUUAACAACAUCCAGUUGGUGGACUUGGAUGAUAGGAUUACUACUAGUAUUGAUCCGUCUGACAUUGAAACUUAUUCUAACGUUCUACUUAACACAUGCAAUCUUUAAUAGCUCACAAACUUAACAGCUACAAUUAGGACUCUUUUUACUUUUUGCUUUGUUUUAAUUUUUAGAUUAGGCUUGUACAAACAUU